AUGCCCGGCUGCAGAAUAUCGCCGAUGGAGACGGUGUUUCGCAUUGUGUCGGUGUUGGCAGUCGUUGUUAACGCCCUAUUCGUACUACUCAUCAAGUCAAAGACCCCAAAAAUGAUGAUCAGCUACAGAAAAGUGCUGUAUGGAUCGUGUGCCAUCGAUGGGCUGGCGGCAUUGUCGCAUUUGCUGAUCGGAAUUGUAAGUUUUUUGCGGCGAACAAGAGAUGUAUUAGUCUGUCGGGAAAAUAAUAAUAAAAUAGCAUUUUUUAAAAGUGCCUGGCAAUUUGUCGCGGUUGGAUGUUGGUUUUAUUUACCAUUGGUUAUUGUAACAUAUAAAAUUCCAAAAUUUGCGGCAAAAAACGAAGAUCCGUAACUUUUAUCCAGAUAUGAUUGACGUGAGGGCAUGUAAAAUACAUACCUCAAAAUAGGUGAUAAACAAUCCUACGAGUGAUCAAUAUUAUAAUCUUUGUUAAGUCUUGCAACUUUACGCCUUCUACUAGCUAUCGAUUAUUUCCCAGAAUUCAGAGUUUUUCUUGUUUUUCAGCGUCCUAUCUUCGUCAAAGAUGUGCUGAGUUUCGACUUUACCGGCCCAAUCCCUCGACUCAUCGACUACAUGGGAUGGCUGCCGGAUGGGAAGAUUGGGUAUAUCCUGUUCUUCGAAACGGUCUUUAUGAACUCCAUUGUCUGCUACUGCUUUGUGCCCUACACCUACCGCUACUUUCACAUGAUAAGGUGGGAUUUUCGGAUUAAUUUUGUACGUCAAAAUGUCCGCAUUUUAGGGGCACAUCAUUUACAAUUCCAAAAUUUCUACUCCUCCUGCUAGUCUACUUGUCGCCGGCGGUUGUUGUUGCCACUUCACUGGCCGGGUUGUCGGCUCAAGUCUACGAGAAAAUGACGGAGUUCACGGGAGUGGCGGAAGACGUCUGUGUGAGAAGGGUGCCUAUGAUGGACCCGAGGUUUUACAACGAGGAGGUAAGAAGAGUCAAUUAUUAGUCAGUCGGGAAAAUAACGUGGACUUGUCGCAGCAGAAUGUCUCGCAUCAUCGCAGUCACGUGCCAUGUCUCUAGCCGUCGCAAACCGAUGAUGACUUAUUAGGUUGAACCAAAAAUCUUUUCCGAUUUUUUAUUAAAAAUUUAAACAUAAUUUUACAACAAAUAAAAAUCAGUUAACAGGGAAAGUAAUCCAAGUACUUUCCUCCUCCAAGUGCGACGCUCAGAUUUUCCUUAAGUUUUGCACACACGUCAGCUAUCGACUAAAUAUCAAUUCCUGAAAGUUUUAGCUCGCGCUUUGCGGGCGCCGCCGAGAUAUCGAACGAUUUUUGCCGCCGAGAGAGCACACUAAACAUGGAGACGGGCAGAGAGAAAACACCUUUUUGGCCAUAACUUUGGCAGUUUCGUGCGGAAAAAAUUGAUUUUUUGCAGAAAUAUUAUCCUUUACGGUGGAAAUAGGCAUGAAACUUUUCGUGCCGAAAUUCGGCAAAAAGUCCUAAAUUUUCGCCGACUUUCGAUCUAAAAAUCUCGGUUGUUUCUGCAAAGCGCGAGUUAGGAUUCUCGCAUAUAUCUUAGAAAAAAAUAUUCUAAAUUUGUGCCAAGUUUCAUCAAAAUCUGAGCGUCGCACUUGGGGUACUUCCCCUGUAAGUUUCAAAGUAAAGGCCAUUUGAAUUGCAAGAAUCAACGCUAUUUUCCCAACUAGCUGAUAUUAAUCAACCUUGCUCCACUGCGUCGGCAUAUUUCGACCAAAUACGUGCUUUCCCUUGUUAUAUGACGUUACAGUAUGCCUUUCAGCCGUACGCGACGCUUGCCAUUUUGGCCAACCAAUUCGUCCAUCCCGUUGUUGUGUUUCCCUUUCUCCUCGUCUAUUUUGUUGUGCGCAUCUUUCGCAAAUUGAACGAGGAUGUGCACCGGACCUCAAGCGCCGGGAUUCGGAUCCAAAAACAGAUUACAAUGACGUUGACGGCGCAGGUAAUUCUUGUUACCACCAAUUGUUGCGUGGCCUUUGCUGUGUCUGCUCCUUGACAAUAUAUCGUAUUUUACAUGUAAUUGUAGAAUGGGGUUUAGGAAUUUGAGAAUAAUAUUUGUCUGAAUAUAUGUUGUAGUAAGUAGUAGGAACAUUAGGAGUUUAUGAAAAUGCCAAAUUGUAGUUGAGACCUCAAAGUUUAAGCUGACAGGGGAAGUACUCCAAGUGCGACGCUCAGAUUUUGAUGAAGCUUGGCACAAAUUUAGAAUAAUUUUUUCUAAGAUAUAUGCGAGAAUCCUAGCUCGCGCUUUGCAGAAACAACCGAGAUUUUUAGAUCGAAAGUCGGCCAAAAUUUAGGACUUUUUGCCGAAUUUCGGCACGAAAAGUUUCAUGCCUAUUUCUACCGUAGAGUAUAAUAUUUCUACAAAAAAUCAAAUUUUUCCGCACGAAACUGCCAAAGUUAUGGCCAAAAAGCGCUUUUCUCUCUGACCGCUCUCCACGCUUAGCGUGCACUCUCGGCGGCAAAAAUCGUUCAAUAUCUCGGCGGCGCUCGCAAAGCGCGAGCUAAAACUUUCAGUAAUUGAUAUUUAGUCCAUACCCGACGUGUGUGCAAAAUUUAAAGAAAACCCGAGCAUCGCACUUGGAGUACUUCCCCUGUUAGCCGGAAGUUGUAGUUGUCAGCAGAGCUUACUCUGUGGCCAUCACAACUAUAGUAUUCUCAUAGUAGCCUGUCGGGAAAAUAAUGUUGAUUUGUCGCAACAAAAUUUUUCUCAACUUACCACUUAUUUGGACCAACCCCUUACACGUAUUUUCAGUCAGUAGUUCCUCUACUUCUUGUCGCCAUCCCUUUCUUCAACUCUUGCAACAAGUUUGCGUAUGGUGGCGAUAAAGAAGGAGCGAUUCGAAUCACCAUGAACUCGGUGUGUCUUGUGGCCCUGGUCAACCCGAUUGUCGCGAGUUUGAUGGUGCAGAGCUAUCGGCGGACGAUCAUGAGCACCGUCACGUUGGACCAUUUGCAGCUGGACACGAGCCUGACCUCAACGACGCAACCCGCCGUCUCGGCGGGGAUGGUGUCGCCGGUCGUCGCAAUGUCCGUCAAGUUCUUCAAGAUUUGA